UGUGUGAGUUUAAGAUUUUGAGGAAGCAAGAUAUAGCAUCAAUUUUAACUUCCCAAAAUGUGAUGACCAUUGAUAGACCUACACCGUCGGUCACCGAGGCAGCGGGAGGAACUUCCUAGACACCUUAAUUAGGUUUCGGAUAAUCCUUUACCUUGAAAGUGAUGUACGUAAAAAGCUCAGGGAAUCACAAAGGACACUAAUACCUGCCGUGGAUUACCUGAGCUUUACGCAACAGUUUACCUGCAAUUCGGUGAUCCUCGGGGCCAAACAUCAAGCGCGGGAGCGCUACUGGGUCCCACUUUCAGAUGUGUCAUAGUCAGAGUUCCACAGGUUGCACACAGUUGUUCUGUACUCGCUUAUUCCUUUGUGUUUUGCAAGGACGCGAUGCCCUGUCUGCACGGGGACUCGGUGGCUGCUGAAAGCGAUUACCAGUCAAACGUGAAUAUACCAUUCAUUUCUGUAGGCCGAGUGAAACAGCGCACAGGCAAAAACUGUGUUGAGGAGGACACUUUCGUCACCAGCGCGGGGUGGAUAUUCUCACCACUGUGGAGCCGGCGCGCUCAAUCGCGAUCCUUUGGGUUUCCUAAAGCUGUUGGGAGCAAGACAGUAGACGCCUUGCUGGACUAUCAGUCUGAUUCUGCGCGCAAUUAUUUCUCAAGAAGAGCAUCCAGGUAAGAUUUUCUUUUAUAAAAUAGUGUAGACUGCUUGCAAAAUGUGUCUUUCGUUCAGGCACCACAAUCAAUAAGGGCCAUUUGUUUUAAUAAGUCCAUGACAAAGAAAGUUCAUUGAACAUACAUUGGGGAAUUGGGGUACAGUGGGUAGGCCUAUGUGUGGAAUUGCUGUGGCUGUUUUAAAAUCCCUAAAACCAAAAUAAGGCCAAUGGAUAUUCCUAUGUAUCAUUUACUGUUACAAUUCUGUGUUCUGUUUCAUAUUGGAUAUGGAUACAUAUGUAUUUUUAAUUUUGUCCACCAGGGAAAUGGUAAAUGGCUCAUCUGCAGACAAGUGUUGCCGUGGCUCAAAAGGAGGGGCUAGGGCUAAAAAGGAUGCCCGUGCCCUCACACCAGAGCUAUGUCGGCGGAGGGAAUCCCAUCCACAGACCGGCCCCUCCAGGAGGUUCUCCGGUCCUUUCCUCAACAGACCAUCCUCCACCGUCCCCUCACUGGAACAGGGUGACUACCUGACUCUCGAAAAAUGCCCCCAUGCCUCAUCAUGGUCAUCGUUAUCACCGUUGCCGCCGCGGUCUCCGACGUGUCUGAAGUCUCCCACCUCACCGCGCGCCAUGCGCUCCCCGUGGUCCCCUCGGCUACCGCGGUCCCCUAGACGGGUGGGCCCCUGCGGACGCCGUGCCUCCUGCGACUGGAUGGUGGAGGUGAUGGGUGGCGCUCCGUGCCGCCAAAGCCUGUCUGAGGUCUGCCACAGGGUGCUGCAGCACGUGGGGCAUGCCAUCGCGGCAGAGCAGUGCUCCUUCGCCCUGGUCACAGACAACAGGGCUGGGGGCAAAUGUCUCAGCGGCGUGGUCUUUCACAUGCAUGAGGAUGACACGCGUGGUGGACAGGGUCAACCAAACUGGGACAAGUGCAUCAUGGAGCACAUAGUAGAGACUGGAAAGGCAGUCAACAUAAUGGAUGUGUGUGAGGAUGCCAGGUUCUGUGAGGAGCUGGAUUUCGUACCAGUGUCCAGGCCCAAGAGCAUCUUGGGUCUGCCUGUUCACAACCCCAGAGAAGAGCUUGUAGGUGUUGUCAUGGUGACCAACAAGUCUGUUUCCGCCAGCAACUACGGCCAGUACUUUUUCUCAGAGGAAGAUGAAAAGAUUUUGUCAACCCAUAUGGCGAUGCUGGGGGUCAUCUUGGACAAUGCACAGCUGUGUGAGAAUGCAGAACAAGAGAGCAGACGGAGCCAAGUGCUACUGGAUUUCGCUCUGCUGCUGUCAGAAAAGCAUGACUCCCAGGAGUCUCUGCUAAACAAAAUGGCUUCCACCAUCCUACCCAUCACCAGGGCACAACUCUGCAGUGUUUACUUCACUGACAGCACUGAUGAGAGACAAUGUGAUGUGAACAGGAUUAGUCAUGCCUACGCUCUUCAUGUGAAAAACUCACUUGAAACACUUAAUGUGGCCAACAUCUCCAAAGACAGCAAUGCUCUGCUUGAUCAGGCAACAGACGCAAGCGAUGAGAUGAGGACUCUAGUUUGCACGCCUGUCAGAAAUGGACCUGAGGGAAAUGUUUUAGGAGUGUGUCAGCUUGUGAACAAGCAGAGUGUGGGAGCCAGCCGAGCGGAGGUGUUUGGCCGAGCAGAUGAGCGCCUCCUGGAGGAUUUUGCCUUAUACUGCGGCCUGGCCCUCAAGAACCUGGACAUCCAGCAGAGGGCAGAGCAGACCCGAGCCAAGCAAGCUGUCACUCGGGAGGUGUUAUCCUACCACAUCUCUGCAACAGAGGAGGAAAUCAUGACCUUGCAGGAGUCCUCCAUUCCCACAGCAGAAUCCCUCUUCCUCCUGGAUUACAGUUUCAGUGAUUUUGGUUUGCCAGAUACAGUCACAACACGGGCAACAGUCCGUAUGUUCAUGGACCUCAACCUGCUUCAGGAAUUCAACAUUGACUACAAGAGCCUGUGCCGAUGGGUUCUGAGUGUGAGGCGCUGCUACCGGCGGGAUGUGGCGUACCACAACUGGCACCACGCCCUGAGCACUGCCCAGUGCAUGUUUGCCAUGCUGAAGGCCACCGGUUACCUGCAGAGCAAUUUCACCAAUUUGGAGAUCUUGGCUCUCAUGAUUGCUACCCUCUGCCAUGAUCUCGACCACAGAGGAGUCAACAACUCAUACAUAGAAAGGAGUCAGCAGCCUCUUGCCCAGCUGUAUGGCCACUCAUCAUUGGAGCAUCACCACUAUGACCUGUGUGUCCUCAUCCUCAACAACCCAGGUAGUGAGAUCCUGAGCGGGUUGUCACAGCAGGACUAUCAACAGUGCCUACAAAUGAUUGAGAAAAACAUUCUGGCCACAGACCUUGCCCUCUACAUGCAGAGGAGGGAAGAGUUCUUCAAGAUUGCAAGGAGACAGAACCUCUGUUUGGAAGAUCAGGAUCACAGAGAACUGUUGAGAUCAAUGUUGAUGACAGCAAGUGAUAUAUCUGCGAUCACGAAGCCUUGGCCUGUGCAGAAAAAGACUGCCAGCCUUAUUGCAUCCGAGUUCUUUGCUCAAGGGGACCGUGAGAAAGAUGAAUUCAAUAUCAGGCCCAUGGGUGUAAUGAACCGAGAGAACAGCACUCGUUUACCGCACAUGCAAGUGGAGUACAUUAAUGGGAUAUGUGCCCCGUUGUACAAGGCUCUUGCUCGGAUGUUCGAGCCUUGCACCCCACUUCUACAGGGCUGCAUGAACAACCGCGACAACUGGCAGCGGCUUGCUGAGGGAGAUGGAACUGACGAGGCUGAGGCUGAUGACGAGGCUGAGGCUGAUACCGAGGCUGAGGCGGAGGCGGAGGAGGGGUAGCCUGGAAGAGAAAUGGAGACAAGGGGAAAAAAUCAAAUGAAACCGCUAUAGUGUACAGCUCAGAAGCACAGAA